CCUUCCCCUCUUGCCCUGCCGCCUCGUCUCCCCGCGCGGGCAGCGCGGGCGCGUUGCUGGGCCACGGGCGGGCGGGCGGAGCCGCCGCCUUCCCGCCAUGCUGAAGGCCAAGGUGCUGCUGGUGGGGCCCCGUGAGUCUGGAAAAUCGGUCUUGGCGAACUUUGUUUCGGAAAGCAUUGAAGGGAUUGGCAGCUACAGCCCGACGCAAGGUGUGAGGAUCCUGGAAUAUGAGAAGCCAAACUUGAACAGUAACAGCAAGGGAGUGGGGUGUCGGUUUGAGUUGUGGGAUUGCAGUGGUGAUCAAAAGUUUGAAACAUGCUGGCCAGCUCUGAUGAAGGACUCUCAUGGUGUAAUAAUAAUCUUCAAUCCUGAGCUGCCCAGUCACCUGAAAGAAAUUGAAAUGUGGUACUCUUGUUUUGUGCAGCAGCAGCCAUUGCUUGAUAGUCAGUGUCUCCUAGUUGCACAUCACAAGCCAGGCAGUGCGGGGGACACAGAAGAUCUGCCUUUGGCUUACCCGCUGAACAAGCUAAAACUAAUACAUUCCAACUUAGAAGAAGAUCCUGAAGAUGUUCGGAUGGAAUUUAUGAAAUACUUCAGAAGCAUUAUCACCUUACUAAAUGAGAGCAGAGAGAGGGAAGAAAUGUCAAUUAUUUCAUAACAUUAAAAGAUAUACUGAACAGGGAAGAAAAAGGAUUAUUUUUCCCUUUGUAAGCUGUGCUAGCCUGUGAACAGGUCCUCACAACAAGAAUUUGCCAGCCUAUAAACACUUCUGCCUAUAAGCAAGUGCUGACAUCAGAUAAACUGUGGUGCCAAAGAGAUGGCUGCACAUCCAGGAAUUUGGGUAACUUUAGCUGCACUUUGGUUUCAUUUAGCGUCAGAGGUACAGGAAGGUAUUGUUUAAUGUGUUAUCGUAGACCAAAAGAUAAAAGUAUGGGUCGUUUCUUCACUUCAGAAUCCCUUUUUGCAGAGGUUCUAAGAGAAGGCGGCCUGACAGAACAUAAGAUUUGUGGAGUUCUGUUGAAGCAUCUGAGUAAAGUGCUCAUGUUAGCUGUAUUCCUGGAGAAGUUUUGCUUUUGGAAGUCAGUACAAACUGAUUGGAAUAGAGAUCUGAAAAGUAGUCGUGGUGUGGGAUCCAGAGUUUUAUGUUCCAAGUUCUUCUUGUCAUUCUGUCCAGCAUCUGAAGAGCACAUUGCAUAGCUAUUGCCUUGGCAAGACAGAGUCUUUCUCAGGACUAGGUUUGUCCUUCUAUUCCAACAAAACAAAUGUGUUGUUUGGGACAAUGUUUAGGUCACUCUGGGAGGAAAAAACCUGAAAUCUUAGUGUAGUGGAGUACUUUGACCUGUGUUGGGAGUUCCAACAAAGAAAAAAAAUAAGCUCUGCAUUGUCCAGAGGAAGAAAAGCUGUUUUGAAACUUCUAUUGCUGUUCCCUGUUGCAUUGCAGUAGUGGUUUCAUAGAUAAUUUACUUUCUGAUUUGGUUUGUAGUCAUCCCUGUCCUUGGUGUGCUUUGCUGUGGAAGACAUUUUUUUGUAACAUGCAGUAGUAAGGCAAUAAAAACAUUUUAAAUG